AACCGCCAACUCGGCCACUUACGCGGAAGAAUCUUGCGCACCUGCUCAAAACAAACCUGGAGCUCGAGCGAGCGAUCGAGCGUGCGUGCGUGGUGCGGAAGAAACAGUGCAAGUGAAAGGUGCUGCUGGACCGCAGAGUCCGCCUGGAUUGAAGCGUCAUUAAUCGUCACAGCCGCGCCGCGUAACAGAUACACCGACCGAGAGGAGCCAAGCCACAGCCAAGAAAACAACGGCAAGGCCACCGGUCCACCCGGGGGAAAUCCGAUCAACCGUUAUCAACCGGGAUCCGCUGCGCAGCACUCGAGAGUGGGAUGAGUGCACUGUGUGAUGGUCAAGGUCAUAGGUAGCCCAGAACGACUGGCGCGCGACUCUCGUCCGUGAGGCCACAUGUUGUUUUGGAGUCGCGAGGAGAUGCUCGUCCGCGGCUGAUAGCCCCCCCAACUUGGCUUGGGUUCUGGCCGACUUGCUGUUGCUCCGUCGUGCGUUCCUGAUGUGUGUGUCAUCCUUCUCACUGUCGCUUACUCUCGCUCGCUCCCCCGCAGCCUUAGCUGGUGACGAAGAUCAGACAUCACCACACCCUUCCUGGAUUCCCAAGUAUACUUCCUGGUACCCCAUGUGGACGCCGCGUGAUGCUAGAUGCUAGUACUUGCAUUCUCUCCGAGUGAUCUGGUGUCACCGUUCUAAGAGAGAAGACACAGCGAAAGAGAGAGAGACAUACCGAGAGAUCAGAGCGAGGUCCUGCAGGAUAGGGCAGAAAGCGCGCCGCGAUCGGUCGGUAAUCGGUUAUGCGGUGAGCGCUCGAGCAUCGUCGUCGUCGUCGUAUAAAACCCCAGCGCCGGUGCGGUGCGGUCGUACAGAGCUGCGACCAAGCUCCGCGCGAUUAGAAGACUCGCCCACACACGUGUUGAGACCGCGCGACCGUCGCCAGCUCUCUGGAAACCGCCAAUUUUCGCAAGUGCCCAAGUGUUCCCAUACAGAUCACUUCACGAGCUGCAGAAUUGUUUGUGCUCACGAACGACGACGUCUACAAGGAUCGCCCCCAGGGUCCCCGAGCCACUAAAGAACGUGUGAAGGUGAGAGAGAGAGAGACCCUAAUUGGCUGGUUGGCCCUAGUCAAAGUCAAGUUCUGUGCGCGCGCGAUGUUGGCCCGGCUCGGAUAUGGUUUUGCGGCGCUAGUGGGCUACCUCCUCCUGGCACUGACCACCACCGGCUGGCUGCCGCACCAGCAGUUCCACGGGUGCGAUGCUUCGCCCGUGUUGCUCGACAAACUGUUCGGGUUCGCGGCGUACCAACCGAGCUACUCCGGUGGCGGGUACGGUGGCAACCAGUACUACUACGGAGGUUACUACGGAGCCGGCGGCGGAGAAGGCGGCCACGUUCCACGUCCCACCACGGCCAGCCAAUCGCACAAGCGCCAGGCGAAGGGCCGCAACUACAAGGACAUCUGCCGGGUGGUGAACCCGGCACCGUACGCCUCGCCCGGACGAGCGCCCUACCCGGCGGCCCCUUUCUGCCCCUACUAACAGGCGUCCCACCUCCUCUAGUGUAAGUACAUUAGUUGGCGCAGGUGCAGCGCAGCGAGUCUGCCCGUUCUGCACUCCCCCGGCCGAUGCUGGUUGUCGCUGAUAACACGCGACUACACGAUUCCGAGCGAACAACGUCCGGCACUAAAGGAAGCGAGGAAAACAGCUGAUUGGGCACCAGCGUAAGCAGAGUUGCACAGUCGUCCCUAGUUGCCUGCUGCUGCCUUCUAACGCCUCCGUGCCUCGCGUCCAGUCCAGUGCGAUCAACCGAAUCAAUUGUUUGUCGUCGCAUUUUCAUCGCAUUUUCAUCGCAUUUCGCCGCGCCGCGUACUUUUCUUCCGAAACCCACCCCGCGAUCAGUCCUUCCAUGAGCCCUGUUAUGUUACCAGCAAAACGAAAGCGGUUGCCAACGUAGGACGUAGGCAGGCAGGGCGGGCUACAAAUUCAAACGAGUGCGGGGAAUAAUAAAAACGACUCAUCAUUGUUCCUAUGCAAAUUAUUGUUGUACUAAUGUGUGUGUUUGUGUGAGUGUGCGAAGAUUCUUCGUUUGGUCCUCUUCCGUGAU